CAUCAGAUGUUUCCUCAUGGCAGCUCCGAAAAGGCUGUGUACGAAUUUUGCUCCUAGUUGGAUAUCCCAAAAUGCCGGGAAUUCGGGAUUUAAGGAUGUUAAAAGUGGACACGGUGGUAAAGUGGAAUCUCUACUGGAUAUUUGUGCUAAAAUUGUGGCGGAAAACAUCCCAUUUCAGACCGUAGAACAACGUUUCGAUCGAAUCCCCGAACCCGUUCAGGGGCGAAUCGUGUUCUGGUCCUUCCCUCGUAACGAAAAGGAUAUUUGUAUGUACUCCUCCUUCGCAAAUUGUGGGAAGGAUGGCGCAGAAAAUCAAAAACUUCCCUUCCAUCAAGGAGUAAGACUUCUAGAAAAUGGUGCUGUUGAUAGUGUUUUACAAAUUGGAUUUCACCUUAGUGGGACAGUAACAGAACCUGCCAACCCCUUGUAUACCACGGAGCCAGACAAUACAUAUCAAGUGUCUAUCAACUUUGAUAGGUGUAAAAUUACCUCAGUAAAAUGUGGCUGUGGAGACAAGGAUAUAUUUUGGUGCAAACAUGUGGUGGCAUUAUCCUUAUACCGGAUACGAAAGGCCGAAAGUGUACAACUCAGGGUCCCUAUAUCAGAAACACUUUUACAGAUGAGCCGGGAACAACUGCAAAAGUUUGCGCAGUAUUUAAUAGCAGAACAUCACUCAGAGGUCCUUCCAACUGCGCAGAAAAUAGCUGAUGAAAUUUUAUGUGCAAAGUCAGAGAUCAAUCUUCUUCCAGGUGCUCCUGACCCCACCGCUGGUGCUUCUGUGGACGAUGACAAUAGCUGGCAUUUAGACGAAGAACAAGUGCGGGAAACUGUGCGAUCCUACCUGUCUCAAGAUGGCUACAUCACAGUGUCGAAUCAACUCACCUUUAUGUUCGCAAAGGUACGAGAGAUGUUGCGUGCUAGAGACUCCAAUGGUGCUAGAAUGCUGACACUGAUCACGGAACAGUUCCUUGCUGACCCUCGCCUCCUCGUGUGGAAGUCCCAAGGUCAACCCAUGACUGACAAGUGCCGACAACUUUGGGAUGAACUAGGUGCUCUCUGGGUGUGUGUUGUGCUCAACCCAAACUCCACCAUGAUAGAAAAGGAACAUUGGCAGAAGCUCCUCGACGAAUGGUCAUCGUGUCCUGUCUGUCCACUCGAGGAUGCUGAUGUCCGACAUGCAGGGGACUUAACUCUUACCAACAUGGGCCUCAGUAACUCAGGUCCCUACUCUAAUAAGCCACGUAAGAUUUUCCACCGUGCCCUGACGGCCAGCAAGCUGACCUGGGAGGACAAACAUCUCCAGUUGGUUCUCCGGGAGGACUUCUGUCACUGUCUCCGCCACCAGUUUGACCUCUUCGACCAGCAGGGCGUCCCCCUCUGGAAUGAACAUUUCCCAACUGCAUGUGCUAGAGUGGACGCUUUACGUUCCCAUGGUUACGUCAAGGAGUCUUUACGAUUGGCUGUCAGUAUUGUGAGGUCAUUGAAAAAGAAACAGAAACAUAACCAGCAGAUUUACAGGGGUCACAGCGAGGAAUCACCGAGUACUAGUCGCGGGUCGUGGAAGAAACCCCCACAGACCAACAAUACUGAGGGAUGGAUAGGCCAUGCGUUGGAUCCUUUGGGGGUACUUUUUGACACCCUCAUGGAGGCCUCGAUCAACACAGAGGACCCCACCCCUACAGAUCCACUGAGCAGUCGCCUAUUUGCUGGUGAGACUCCAAGUUGUCUUCCACCCCGCUACCACCAUGUGGCAAUCCCUGGUAACGGAGACCGUAACGAGUCGUACUUGACAUUUGCCCUAGAGGUGGCGCUAAUCGGUCUGAGCCAGCAGAGGCAGAUGCCAACAGGGCUGUAUGCCCAGGAAAAGGCAUGUAAACAAGAGGAAAAACUCAUCGCCAAACUACAUAAUAUAGAGCUCGACCCUACGCUGGUAUCUGUGUUCAGUAAACAGGCCACUCUCAUGUUGGAAGGAGGCAGUCACAGUGGUCUAGGUAUAGGGAUACACUCGGAGAGCUACCCAAUGCACACAUUUGCAAAGUUCCUGUUCAACAGCCUUCUGUCCCACGACCAGGACCUGGCUUACAAAGUCGGCCUUCGGGCGAUGAGAUUGCCAGUUUUGGAGGAUACAGAAGAUAUAGAUGAUGGAUUAAAUAACAUCGGGUCAGCCAUGCUCAGCCGCUUCCCUCGUUGGUUCAUCCUGGGUCACAUCGAGAGCAAGCAGUGCGAGCUCUCCUGUACCCUUCUGGCUGCAGCCAAGGGGGACAUCCGGAGGUUACGUACGGUGCUGGAGGUAGCGCACAAACACAUCCACAGCUCGUCACAGCUCUUCAAACUUGCUCAGGAUGUGUUCAAGAUAGCCACACCACCAGACACGCCCAAACACAUGGGUGCACUCAACGCAGCAUUUGAGCUUGGCCUACAGGUGAUGAAGAUGACGCUCAUGACGAUGAAUUGGCGUCGUCGUGAGAUGGUUCGAUGGCUAGUGACCUGUGCGACAGAGGUCGGAGUUCAAGCAUUGGUGUCAAUCAUGCAGAACUGGUACGCUUUGUUCCAGCCAAUCGAGGCUACAGGAAUGGUUGCCACGACGAUAAUGUCUCAUACAACAAUGAUGCAGUUGAAUGUGAACUUUCACCAGCAAGAGGAUCUAGCAAACUGUGCUCGGACCUUGGCACUGCAGUGUGCCACCAAAGAUCCUCAGAAUUGUGCUUUGUGUGCUCUCACUCUGUGUGAAAAGGACCCCAUAGCAUUUGAAACAGCCUACCAAAUAGUCAUAGAGGCUGCCUCCCACAUAAUGAACUCCAGUCAGUUGUUCACGAUAGCUCGGUACAUGGAGCACCGAGGCUAUCCCAAUCGUGCAUACAAACUUGCCCUUCUCGCCAUGAAAAAUCUACAUCUCGCUUACAAUCAGGACACUCAUCCCGCCAUCAACGACAUUCACUGGGCAUGUGCGCUAAGCCACUCGCUCGGAAAAAACGAACUAGCCAAUGUCAUUCCCGUCCUGGUUAAAAACGUUCAGUGUGCGACAGUGCUAUCAGACAUUCUGCGGAGGUGCACACUGUCAGCUCCUGGCUUAGCCAGCCAGGAUGGAAAGCGACGUGCCAUCAAACUUUUGUCAUACGACAAGCUUCCGCUACGCCAGCUCAUGGAUGCCACGAUACAUGCCUACAUCAGCACAACACAUUCAAAACUCACACAUAUCAGUCCGCGUCACUACGGAGACUUCAUAGAGUUUCUCAGCAAGGCACGGGAAACAUUUCUACUGGCUCAGGAUGGACUUAUAAAGUUUGCACAGUUAAUCGAAAAUAUGAAACUUGUUUAUAAAGGUAAAAAGAAACUCAUGUACCUCAUUAAGGAGAGGUUUGGAUUAUGAUGUCAGCUUCACAGUGUGUAAAGGUGAACUUAUCAACAGAGCUAAGCAUUCCAUGGGUAUUCUGAGCUGUUGGCACGAAUGUGUGUCGACGACAGUAAGCUGUCUCCUUGGUGCUGGGCGCGCUGCUAUCCCUUCUGUGGUCUCGCCUGGGAUAAACACAGAUGACAACCAAGAUUGUCCUACCCCAUUGGCUUUAAGUACAUAAGGUUUACCUGUCUCUGGUGCUAGUCAAGUUGUAGGGGUUAGUCUCUACAAAGUGGACACACAAUGUAUUUCCAAUGUUCGUGAAUGUGUGUAAGGAGGUCUAUGUGCCACACAGAAUCAGAAUGUGACUUUCUGUUGUGGAAAUACGUACCAGUGAGCCGAGUCCAGCACCAUUAUGUUUCCUUUAACUCCAAUGACUCUUGCAUGUAUAAAAAGAGCAUGCAUCGAGCAGAUAUGUGAAAACAUAUGUGUACACAUUCACAAGGAAUACAUGUGUAUAUGUGACCUGCCUACCGUUGUAGGGAGGAGAGUUGUACUGAUGGAGGGUGACCAGUCAAAGGCCACACCCACAGUUUACACUGCAAGGGACCAAGAUUCUAUAAUCAUUCAAACUUUUCCUGUUACCUCAUCAGUCUGUGAUUUGACAAAGAUAGAUUUGGUGUUGCCUGCCUGCUAGUGGAGUGUCUUUAUACACGUAUAUACACAAAGACUAGCUCAUGUACCAUGACAGAAAUUAUUGUAUACAUUAGAUUUUUUUCUGUUGAAUCCUUGACAAAAAAACUCCACCAGUCUUUAUUACAAGUUUUUGUUUAUUUUGGAAAUCAUGGUAACAAAUCAUUGAUGAAUUGAAGACUUUUAAAUUUGUUGUAAAUGUAGAUUUCACCAAUCCCGAAACAGUUGGUCUCUGUGUCUCUGAUCACACCAAGUAGAAUAUUAUAUUUUAUUUGUUAUAUGACUUUUCCUUGAUUCUUUUGUUUUGUAGACUAUUUAAUGAGACAUUUCUACCUUUUUGAACCGACAAGUUCUUCUCUGACCUCAAAAUCUGUAUGUCUGUUUACAGUCGCCCUAACACAGACGGAAGUAGCAUUAUGUGAUUGGUCUAAACUGAUGAAUACGGUGUUUAAAAAGAAAGAUUGUUCUUUGUUAUUUCCUUUUUAUUUAUGAAAUACAAUAUAUAUAUAUAUAUAUGUGUGUUUGUUUGGAAUAACAUUUCCCCCAAUUUUCCCUUUUAGUGAUAACAAUCGUGUCACUAUGCAUGUGUUUUUGCAUGGCCUUGCUUAAACAUUUAGUUCUUUUUUCAGGUGGUGCUAAAGGAUUUUAUUUCAAGUGAAUCUUUAUGAAAUUGUUGAAUGAAAUUGUUUAAAAACGUUAAUGUUGAUCAGUUUUGAGUUAAUUUCUAGUUUAUUUAAAAAGAUGUACAGCAGAAUAUUGAUGGUAGGCAGUGUGUAUAAAACCAACUCUAGGCUUUCUGAUACUCGUAUCAUACCCUGUAGUACCAUUUACUGCUAUAUUCCUUUUAUUGUUUCGAGGAUCUGGCAGUAAUAUAAUUGGUAGAAAAUGUCUUGCAGUGUUUGUGAAUUGUAUGAUAGAUGUCUGACAGUGUGUAUGAAUUGUAUGAUAGAUGUCUGUCAAUGUGUAUGAAUUGUAUGAUAGAAUAAGAUGUCUGACAGUGUGUAUGAAUUGUAUGAUAGAAUAAGAUGUCUGACAGUGUGUAUCAAUGCAAUUGCAUGAUAGAUGUCUGACAGUGUGUAUGAAUUGUAUGAUAGAAUAAGAUGUCUGACAGUGUGUAUCAAUGCGAUUGCAUGAUAGAUGUCUGACAGUAUGUAUGAAUUGUAUGAUAGAAUAAGAUAUCUGACAGUGUGUAUCAAUGCAAUUGUAUGAUAGAUGUCUGUCAAUGUGUAUGAAUUGUAUGAUAGAAUAAGAUGUCUGACAGUGGGAAUCAAUGCAAUUGUAUGAUAGAUGUCUGACAGUAUGUAUGAAUUGUAUGAUAGAAUAAGAUGUCUGACAGUGUGUAUGAAUUGUAUGAUAGAUGUCUGACAGUGUGUAUGAAUUAUAUGAUAGUUGAUGUCUGACAGUGUGUAUGAAUUGUAUGAUAGUUGAUGCGUUAUUGAAACAUUGGUUACGACAGGGUAGAAGGUGUGCUAUGGUAGUAAAUUUUAAACUAUAAAACAAAAUUAAGAGAAUGGUUACCUAGCAAUCUAAAUGCUAAAAGCAUUUCACCACAUAUUUUGGAAUUAGUGCUGUACUAACAAUGUUUUGCUGUACAAGCAUAUUGGUACGUGUACCAAUGUGAACUCUGACCUUAUAUUAGCUACCAGUGUGAACUCUGACCUUAUAUUAGCUACCAGUGUGAACUCUGACCUUAUAAGCUACUAGUGUGAACUCUGACCUUAUAAGCUACCAGUGUGAACUCUGACUUUAGCUACCAGUGUGAACUCUGACCUUUGCUACCAGUGUGAACUCUGACUUAAGCUACUGGUGUGAACUCUCAUCUUAUAGUUUGCAUUAUGAAAUUUUACACUCUUAAAAUUCUUUUUAUUUAUUCAAGGAAAUUAAAUCAGAGGUAAGGUUAGGAUAUUGUUUAAGGAUCGCAUGGUCCUAUUGUGUUUAUCACUGUAAAUAUUAACUGUACUCGUGAGCAAAAAUACUUUAAAAUAUUAAGGAUGAGUGUAUGAGAUGGCCACUGAACAUAGAUUAUAUUUGAAACAUACAGUGGUUAGAUGAAAUAAAGUUAAACAUAAUUUUCAGCAGUAAUCGUUUUUCAAGUUUAAGUGAGAUUCAGUAAUUACAUAAUUAUAAUACAAUCUGUGGUACAGUCAUUUUUUCAAUCUCAAAUUUAUGUUUUUCUAGAUAUCCUGUUUUAUACCGUCUACACACACAUCUACAUACCGGUAAUACUUUACUUCUACUAAAUAACAUUGAUCUUAUUAUUUGCAAUAACUUUUUUAUCAUUCAGGGUUUUUCAUUUAUGAUAGUCACAUAUUUCCCCCUCCUGCACUGUACAUGUUUAUGUCGACCGAACAUUUUGUAUUUGAAUAUAUUUUUUUCAUUAUUGUAUAUUGAUGUAUGAAGACAUUCAUACUGGUACUGUCUAAAUAUCAGCUGACAAAUUUGUUAUUGUGUUUUGAAUACCUGUAGUUGUUCCCUGUCUUGAUUGGAGCUCUCUAUUCUUGUUGUCAUGACAACUGUGUUCCUAAUUAUGAGAGGUAAUGAUGUUCAUUCCAUUUUGUUGUACACUUUUAUACUUUUCCAGAUUUGAUUUCUUUCCUUUCUUUUUCCCUUUAACUUCUCCCCCAUUAAACAAAAGAAAAUAUAAAUUAGCAAUAACAUCAUAUUGUGCAAUAAUUUCAGGAGGAAAGUAUUAUUUUGUAGUAUAUUUGUAUAGCUGAUCCCUCAUUUCAGUUUGGUCAUGACAUUGAUUACCAGUAAAUAAUUUAUCUGUAAAGGAAUUGACCUUUAUUGAAAUAAUGUAUCUGUAAAGGAAUAACCUUUAUUGAAAUAAUUUAUCUGUAAAGGAAGUAAAGGAAUUAACCUUCAUUGAAAUAAUUUAUCUGUAAAGGAAUUAACCUUUAUUGAAAUGAUUUAUCUGAAAAGGAAGUAAAGGAAUUAACCUUCAUAUAUUGAAAUGAUUUAUCUGUAAAGGAAGUAAAGGAAUUAACCUUUAUUGAAAUGAUUUAUCUGUAAAGGAAUUAACCUUUAUUGAAAUGAUUUAUCUGUAAAGGAAGUAAAGGAAUUAACCUUUAUUGAAAUGAUUUAUCUGUAAAGGAAUUAACCUUUAUUGAAAUGAUUUAUCUGUAAAGGAAGUAAAGGAAUUAACCUUUAUUGAAAUGAUUUAUCUGUAAAGGAAUUAACCUUUAUUGAAAUGUUUUAUCUGUA